GUACAGACUUUCUGCUCUAGUGCUUCAUGAUCCUCAAAAUUACGCUUGAAAUAAUGGAAGAUAGACGAUAGAUAGCCUAAAUUUUGUCUUUGGUCUGAAUAUUCCAGAGGUGCGAACUACGUGCCCACUACUGUACACGCCCGAUUUAAGCAGAAACCGAUAUUCGAUCGCGACGCGCAAUCAACCGCAACGUAGUCGCGAUCGCGACUCGGUGAUAGUAUCCAGUGGGCGCUCGUCGCGAAAGGUUUACGGUUACGGAGUAAGAAUUUUCCAUUGCGGUUUCGUCAAGUUACGAGUGAGUGUCGUAGGAUCAUUCCGGUUGCAAAAUGCAAACGUUUUCUAACCACCCCACCGGACUGCUUCCGGUUGAGGAAAACUACGAUCCGAACAAACCGACGAUCAAGGAGUUCUACAAAGGGCGGGACAUCUUCAUAACCGGAGGGACGGGGUUUAUGGGAAAGGUUCUGAUCGAGAAGUUGCUGCGAUCGUGUAACGGGGUGAAUCGAAUCUUUCUGUUGUUACGCGAGAAGAAGUCCAAAACGAUGGAGGACCGUUUGCUGGAGAUUCAGGAACUUGCGCUGUUCGAGGUACUCCGGAAACAAGAUCCAGACGCCCUGAGCAAGAUGAUUCCGAUCAAGGGGGACGUUUCGCAGCUGGGCUUAGGAAUUUCGUCCGAGGACCGGAAGCGGAUGAGUGAAGUGUCGGUGAUCUUUCACGUGGCUGCCAACGUUCGGUUCGACGAUACGCUGAAGGACGCCGUCAUUCUGAACACCCGCGGGACUCGGGAAAUGAUCCGCUUUGCGGAAACUCUCAAGAACCUGUGCGUAAUGAUGCACGUUUCGACGACCUACUCCAACCCGGACAAGUACGUGAUCGAGGAGAAGAUAUACCCUCCGUACGCGGAUUGGGAGAAAACCAUCAAACUGGCGGAAACGAUGGACGAACAAACGCUGGAGACCUUUGCGCCGAAGUACAUGGGAAUGCUACCGAACACCUACGUCUUUACCAAGUCGCUUGCCGAGCACAUCAUCAACGACCACAAGGACAAGCUUCCGUUGAUUUUGUUCCGGCCGUCGAUCGUCAUCUCCAGUAUGCGCGAUCCGAUCCCCGGUUGGAUCGAUAACUUCAACGGACCGGUAGGACUGCUGGUGGGUAGCGGCAUUGGCAUUUGCCGAACAAUGUACUGCGAUCCGAACAACGUGGCCGACUAUACCCCGGUGGAUGUCUGCAUCAAAGCGAUGAUCGUGGCCGCUUGGAAGAAGGGCACUGCCGUGAUACAGAGAACUCCAAUCUCGCCGGAAUCUCCGCAGCUGCCGGUGUACAACUGCUGCAUCUCGAACCUCCGCAACUGUACCAUGUCGCAGAUCGUCGAGAUGGGCAAGGUGCUCUCCAACGACAUCCCGCUGGAUCGGUGUGUUUGGGCUCCGGGCGGUGGCAUCACACAAAUCAAACUCCUGAACACGAUCCGGGUGGUACUGUACCACAUCAUGCCGGCCAUACUGUUGGAUGUGCUGCUACGAGCCACCGGUCAGAAGCCAUUCGUGGCUAAGCUUCAGCGGAAAAUCUACAACGCCAACGUUGCCCUGGAGUACUUCAUUCAUAAUAACUGGGACUUUAGGAACGACAACUUUAUACAUUUGGCCUCGGAAAUAAAACCGGAGGAUAACAAGGACUUCUACUACCGAGACUUCAUCGAAUUCGACAUAACGUUAUAUUUUAGAAAUUGCAUCCUCGGAGCCCGUCGCUAUCUGCUGCACGAGAAGGACGAAAACCUCCCGAGGGCUUUGAAGCACUAUCGGCGCAUGAAAAUUUUGGACAAAGUGUGCAAGCUGCUGAUUGUGACCGGAUUCCUGUAUCUGGUUCUGAUCAAGUCGGAUCUUCUAGGAUUGUCCCUUUAUAUGGCUUCGUACAAGACCGAGUACGAUCUACAGCGGUGAACUGAAUCGGAACAAUUCCUACUUGAUGUUGCAAAUAAAUGUGUACCUUAACCCAGCCUUUCUCAAAUUUCUUUAC